CCAGGAUUCAACUCCUGGUUCAAAAUUCGUUCCCAUAUUUUCUUUGAACUCGUCUCGUACCUAUCCUACUGCUACGUCUCCUUCAUCUCAAUUCUACCCGUCCACGUCACAAUUUGCUAACAAAAAGUACAAGCCAGUGGCCAGGAAAAUUCGGCCUGUUCUUGGAUCUGUCCCAGACGAAUUCCGCAUCGAGCGCCAGAUCCUGGGCGACCCACUCGCAGAUCUACCAUAUCUGGAUCCUAUUCCGCCUCCUUUUGUGCCGACUGGACGCUACACCGCCGAACGCAAGGCUGCUCUUGACGACGCACACCGCGGUGACUUCCUGUGGCCUGCUGAGAGAGAUUUAAUGCACCAGUUCAUGUGCC